AUGUCGGGCCAAGUCCUCCGACUGCCACCGACUGCCACUCCGGACGUCUCGGCCGUUCCGGUGUCGGACCUGCACAAGUGUCCCCUUCGUCUCCUCGGCCAACCCAUUUUGCCUCCCCAGUGCUGCAUCGAAUUUGCUGGAAGAGUUAAUGUGUACAGUAGCUGA